AUGGCUCAGCCAGUGCACGCCCUCUGGGGCCUUCCCGAGAAGAGGACCAAGGGCACUCCACCCAAGUGCUUCAACAUUGCGUCCCGCGUGCAGAAGAGCAGCAUCGAGCAGCCCCUGAGCUGCCGCGUGCACCCAGUGACGGUGCUCAAGAUCCUCGACGCUUACGUACGACGGCCUGCGGGCGCCACACGCACCAUUGGCACCCUCCUGGGCUGGAUCAGUGAAGGGAGCGCCGUAGACAUCACAGACAGCUUCCCAGUGCCCCACAAGGACACGGAGGAGGGCGUCGCAAUCGAUCAGGACUACCACAAGUCCAUGCUGGAGCUGAGACAGAAAGUGUCGCCCCGGGAAGUUGUGGUGGGCUGGUUCUCUACUGGGGACGAGAUCAAUGCGACCUCCGCCGUCAUUCAUGCCUUCUACUGCAAGAAG